AUGUUUGAGAUAGAUCUGAAAUGGUUUAAAGAUGGGACUCUCCCCCCACCUCCACACUUUUCUUUGGGGUUCAACAAUCCAUCCGUGCCUGCUCCUCCUCUACCAUUCCCACAAAAUGGUCCUCGCUUGAAUAACAAUAGUGCAGAUGGACAAGGCUACCCGCAGUGCAACGGCUCCGUGCAGCAGAAUGUCGACAUUAGAGUCCCACCCAUCGGCAUGCCAAUAGCCAAUGGAUUCGGUGCAUCUGGUAUGUAUCAUCCUCCGCAUUGCGGUGCACAGCACCCGGCUGUGAAUCCUGUGGUUAACGACCCAUCUGCUCUCAAAGGAUUGGGGGGCGCUUCCAAUAUCUCCUCUGUACCAGACGUUCCACCACAGAACCAGAACCCAAACAAUUCUAUGCGGCAGAAUGUGCAACCAUCGGAUGACGAACAUCUACUCCAAUCGCAGAGCAUCAUGCUGGCCAAGAUCAAACUGCAAGUGCUGGUCGAGUGCGAAAUGAGAGCGUUAGCCAACAACAAACUGAGAAUGUUGGCCCUAGUUCCAGCUCAGGUCGGCAAGAAACACAACAGA